GAGUGCAGAGGAAUUUGGACUGAGCAGCAGUAGGGCAGUGUGCGUGACCAGUCACCAUGACGGACCAGCAGGCAGAAGCCCGGUCCUUCCUCAGCGAGGAAAUGAUCGCUGAGUUCAAAGCCGCCUUCGACAUGUUUGAUGCUGAUGGUGGCGGUGACAUCAGCACCAAGGAGCUGGGCACAGUGAUGCGGAUGCUGGGCCAGACCCCCACCAAGGAGGAGUUGGACGCCAUCAUAGAGGAGGUGGAUGAAGAUGGCAGCGGCACCAUCGACUUUGAAGAGUUCUUGGUCAUGAUGGUGCGGCAGAUGAAGGAGGAUGCGAAGGGAAAGAGUGAGGAGGAGCUGGCCGAGUGUUUCCGUAUCUUUGACAAGAAUGCUGAUGGCUAUAUUGAUGCUGAAGAGCUAGUGGAGAUCUUCCGGGCUUCAGGAGAGCACGUGACUGACGAAGAGAUUGAGUCCUUAAUGAAGGAUGGAGACAAAAACAAUGAUGGACGAAUUGACUUUGACGAGUUCCUGAAGAUGAUGGAGGGUGUGCAGUAAGAAUCCAGCACAGCUCAGUCUUGUAUUGCCCCACCCUACUCUUCACACCCAAGGGUUCACUUUGAAAUUCAACUGGCUUCUGUCCCCCUGAAACCAUCCAGGAUUGUCACCCUGUUCUGCCCUCUGCUGCCCCAUCCCUCCCUAAUUGUAAUAUUACCCCUCUUCUCCCUCCCCCUCUCUCCUUUUCCUGGGCCAGGAAUGUGUAAAUGUCACUAAUAAAGGAAAAAAAAAAAAA